ACGGCUGGGUUUAGUCAACUGUCACUGUCGCUGUGAACGUGCUUGGAAGUAGUUGUUGCAUCUACGAAGGCUGUAUUGUACUGGGCGUACUGAGGACAACAAUGGCAAACAACAGAGCAACAAAAUCUGGUUUCGCUGCUGAGGCACAGAGGAAGAUAAACAGCAAAUACAGUGAAGAGCUGGCUCAAGAAUCGCUGGAAUGGAUAAAGGCCAUCACCCAGGAGGACUUCAGUGUUUCGGGUGACAUGGAUAAUUUUUAUGAGAUCCUCAAGGAUGGCACCUUGCUUUGCAGGCUAGUGAACUGCAUCAAACCAGGAUCAGCGAAGAAAAUUAAUCAAAGCACUAUGGCAUUUAAGUGUAUGGAAAACAUCAACGUAUUCCUUGAAGCAGCCAGAGACCUAGGUGUUCCACCUCAAGAAACCUUUCAGACUGUUGAUUUGUGGGAAAGACAAAAUCUUAACUCUGUUGUCAUUUGUCUGCAGUCUCUUGGUAGGAAGGCGGGUAAUUAUGGAAAGCCUAGCAUUGGUCCGAAGGAAGCUGAGAAGAAUGUUCGUAACUUCUCUGAAGAACAGAUGCGCGCAGGUCAAGGUGUGAUAAGUCUUCAGUAUGGCAGCAACAAGGGGGCCAACCAAAGUGGCAUCAACUUUGGCAAUACCCGACAUAUGUAAAUGCCAGUUUGUCCUUACCAGCCAGACUAUUGGGUGUUGCUUUCUGUGCAUCAGUGACCUGUGUUUAUUGCAACUGGGCACAAACUAUGCAGUUCCAUGAUAUUACUUUGUGUUGUUAAAUGCAACGAUCCUGAUGCAUGGUGAGUGAGGUUCAGCCAAUGGUCUGGCUAACAGAAUGAAAUGAAGAUAGACUCUGUUGGAAAUAGGACAGAAUGAAGUGGUACUGAUAUUUAUGAUGUAAGAAUGCACAAAAGUUUUCUUGUGCCAAUAAAUAAACAUGUUAGUGAAGUGAGCAAAAAGAGAAUAUACUUGCAAUAUUAAGAUAUUUAAUAACUAAAUAGUCUUAGUAUUUUUAAAAGUUUUUUGCCAGUUCUAAGGGAGAGAAUCCCUUCCCUGUACUAUUCAUCAAGCCACCAUAAUGUUUUCCAUUCCUUACAAUUCGCAGACAUUCCUUGAAAAUUGGGUGGGUUGAUUUAUUAGUAUUUGUCUUCACUUUGUGCCAGUGGCCAACUUAUAUAGCUAUUUUACAGUGUAUAGUCUAUCUUUGUAAGGUCUCUCUACCUACCUGUGAAAACUGAACAUUAUUUUAAGUAAAACUGUUGAAAUUGUAGAGACCAUAAGAAUGUUGAAAAUUUAAAAAAUACACGUAUUUUACUAUGAAUGUAAGUUGAAAUAUAGAUCUCUUCAUAUAACUUUUUUCUUGAACUGUAUAAUUUAUGUAACUGGAAAAUAAAUACUAAUUUUACUAUU